GGAGUCACAAAAUUGGUUGAGGUAGUCGUCGACUGUUUUCAAUGGACGGAAGGUGGAGGUGAUCAUGGUGGCCCACUCAAGAAACGAGUGAGGUGGAAGAUUGGCAUGAUGGCGGUUGGACAUUUUUGCGUACUAGUGAACGAUGCCUUCUGGGAGUUCGGUGCCAGCGAUGGGGAGCUAGUGGAUGACGGGAACGUUGUGGAGGGAGAAGGCUUGUUGGAGUUUGGUGGGGAGGGUGAAGCUGAUAGUCGACGAAGUCAAGAGAGGUUUCAAUUGGGGGGGAAUUGUCGACGAUUGUGUAAUGGUGAGGUUGUCGUUUUGGGCGAGAGGGGAGGUGGGAUGACCAUGGUGGAGGUGGUGGUGGAUGAAGGCGGGGGCAUGGAUGACAUGUUGGCAGAAAGAACGGAGGAUGUGGAGGAGGAAGUAAGUGGUGUAGACGUGGAGGCGGGGGAUGGGGGAAGGGUGAUGGAGUCCGAGGUGGAGGAGGGGGCUGUGGUGGUGACGACCUGGAUGGUGGAGGAGGCAUGUUGUUGUUCCAUGGUGGUUAUCCGGUCGGAAAAGCCGGACAACAGAAAAAAUGCAAGGCGAAUAUUCUAAAUUUUAUGUGUUUACAGAAUGCGGACAUGUCCUUGAUAUUUGUUGAAAUAUGUGAAAGUCAUAUUUCCUUCUGUUGAAAUUAACAUUUUACGUAUUCCGUAAACAGUUGCUCGCCCUUGAACACGCGCAGUGUAUACCAUCGCUCAGUGUUCGUCCAACAAAUCUCAACUUAUCUC